UUCAGUGUUAUGAAGUCUGACCUCAUUUUAAAUCAAAUCCGACUGCCUAAAUCUUGGCCGCAUAUAGGCAUUGAGUGACUCCUUCCAUCUUGGAUCUGUAGACGUCUAGUUUCAAAUCUUCUACCUGUUUCUACCUCUUUCUCCAGGCAUCCUGGUGAACCGCAUCCCCAUCAUGAUAUCUGCCACCAUCUUGGAUCUGUAGACGUCUAGUUUAAAUUCUUCUACCUCUCUCCAGGCACCCCGGUGAACCGUAUCCCCAUCAUGGCUAAGCAGGUGCUGGACCUGUACAUGCUCUACAAGCUGGUGACGGAGAAGGGCGGCCUGGUGGAGUUCAUCAACAAGAAGAUCUGGAGAGAGAUCACGAGAGGACUCAACCUGCCCACCUCCAUCACCUCAGCAGCCUUCACCCUCCGCACACAGUAUAUGAAGUACCUGUACCCGUACGAGAGUGAGAAGAAAGGGCUGAGCUCUCCAGGCGAGCUCCAGGCUGCUAUAGAUGGUAACCGGAGGGAAGGCCGAAGACCCAGCAACAGCCUGUACCACUUCCCCUCCACCGUUCCUGGCCACACCCUCCUCUCUCCCUCCAAGAUGCCCCACCACGGCCUGCACACCUCCCCCAGCCCAUCUCUGAAGAGAUCUGCAGGUGCGAUGUCGACCCCCAUGCCGUCAAGCCGCCUACCCAUGGCCAACGCUCUCUCCCUCGGGCAGCAGCAGCUAGCUCAGGCCGCUACCCUGGAGCACCUCCGAGAGAAACUGGAGAGAGAAGGAAGAGGAGGAGAGGGCCCAGACAGGAAGAUGACUCGCUUGGUCAUGGAGGAAGAGCAGAGAUUGAUGCAACAGGCGUUCCAACAAACAGGCCUCUCACUUCAACCCAGGCAUGAAGCAACACAACAACAACAACAACAACAACAACAACAACAACAACAACAACAGACACG